ACUGAAAAGGUCUACCUCGAGAAGUCCAACGCGUUCGUUGCCAAUCAUGUCGAAGCCGCGGCCUCUCUCCCCGAUGCUCUCCGUCCCGGAGAAGAAGGCCGUCACCGCCGAGGUCUUCCGCGACCGCCACUUCUUCGGCUCCGCCUUCUUCUCCGACAUCCGCGACGCCCGCGCUGCGCUCUCAGCCCCGCCCCAAAACAAUCACACCCAACAACCCUCCUUCCGCCGCAACCUCCACCUCCGCUACCACCGCCUCCUCUCCUCCGCGCGCGAGGACCCCUGCGCCUUCGACGAGACGCUCGCCUUCACCUGGCACGAUGCCUUCCGUCCCCACCUCAGGCACGCCGCCGCGUCCCUGCGCUUCGAGAAGGCCGCCCUCGUGUUCAACGUCGGCGCCGCCUCCUCGAGGAUCGGGGCGGCCGUUGGCCGCGCGACGGAGGCCGGGGUCAAGGCGGCGUGCGCGGAGUUCCAGCGGGCGGCGGGGGCGUUCCGGGCGGUGGGGGAGAUGAUGGAGGGGGAGGAGGGGGCGACGGUGGAUAUGAGCCUGCAGGCCGCGGCGAUGCUGGAGCGGCUCAUGCUCGCGCAGGGGCAGGAGUGCUGCUUCGAGCGCGCUCUCGCCGCGGGGACGUCGCCGGCGGCGUGCUCCAAGGUGGCCAGGCAGGCUGCCCUGUACUACGAAGAAGCGUAUGCUGCAGUUAUCGCCCCUCCACUACAGAACCACUUUGGAAGAUCAUGGGUAUCCGAAAUCCAAUUGAAAGCUGCUCAGUUCAAUGCAGAAGCUUGCUAUAGGUACGCUAUUGAGCUCCAUGAGAAGACAGAAAACGGUGAGGAGAUAGCUCGACUGCAGGUUGGAGUUAAUGCAAUUGUGAAUGCUAAGAAAACCGCCAGGGGAGCCCCUGGACCCCUUUAUGAUUCUGCUUCCAGAUUAGAACAAGAUAUGAACCUGAACUUGGAGAAGGCAAAAGAUGAGAAUACCCGCAUCUAUCUUAUCCGAAUUCCGGCUGUCAAUUCGCUGGCUCCUCUACCAUCAGCUUCGCUUGUCCGUGCUGCAUCCCUUAGUGAGAUCUUUGAUGCAAAGACAGAAAGUGGCGAUGCAAAGACAGAAAAUGGCCCUCAACCUUCGUAAACGAAUGCUUGGAGAUUGUGACAUUAGAGAACGACACGCAUUACUUCAAUUGCAUUUUAAGAUUGUCUACCUUAGUAAAUUUUGCAGGGUCUAUUAUAUUUUUAUUAUAUUAUUUUAUUCUUUUGCUGGGAGUGUAAAUAGGAGCACGAUCCGGUCCUCGUAAUUUAUGUGGAGAAGCAAUUAGGAUUUGCCAUGACAUGUUAUCAUGGGCUAUAUGGAUGACUAGAUCCAAGAAUUCAACA